AGCCACUCACCGCCGGAUCCCUGACACCCCGGCCGUUGCGGCCUCCUCCACACACUUCGGGGCCGCUCCUGUCCCCUGGGGAUGCUCUGGGCUCAGGCGGAUGUCCACUCUGGUACCCCCGGGUGCGGACUCCAAAGCCUGACAGUGCCGGCCCCCUUCCCCUACGCAUUCCUCUACCGUAAGGCAGGGCGCCUCCACCCCGCCCCUCCGCCAGUCCCGGGGAGGGGAAGGGGGCGGGCAGCGCAGGGGGUGUGACAGCUCCCGCUCGGACCGGUGCCAGCGCAGCCUUGCUUCAGCGCCCGGUGCCAGCUGGCUCCUUCGUCUGAGACGAAGGCGGAGGCUCGGGGCUCCUUGUCGCCGGUGGCUGGGUGGCGUCCCCCCACCACGCCCCCACCCCUCUACUCACCCAAGAGGAGCCUCUCCACCGAGCCCUGCAUCCUGCUGCCCUGGCAGCCAGUCCAGCUAGGCACUGGCCCAGUUCACUGUACCUGGACUUACCCACUGGCACCCUCCGGAUCCCCUUAUCAAAGCUGAUGGGGGUCGCUGGGGACCCCCCAGCCUUUUGCUAGAGCCUGCACGGCUGUGCGAGCUUGAAAAGAAACAUGAAGGUGGGCUGGCCAGGUGAGAGCUGCUGGCAGGUGGGCCUGGCUGUGGAGGAUAGCCCAGCUCUGGGAGCACCGCGGGUGGGAGCCCUCCCUGACGUGGUGCCGGAGGGGACACUACUCAACAUGGUGUUGAGAAGGAUGCACCGGCCCCGAAGCUGCUCCUACCAGCUGCUGCUGGAGCACCAGCGUCCGAGCUGCAUCCAGGGGCUGCGCUGGACACCACUCACCAACAGCGAGGAGUCCCUGGAUUUCAGCGAGAGCCUGGAGCAGGCCUCCACAGAGCGGGUGCUCAGGGCUGGGAGGCAGCUGCAUCGGCAUCUGCUGGCCACCUGCCCAAACCUCAUCCGAGACCGGAAGUACCACCUUAGGCUCUAUCGGCAGUGCUGCUCUGGCCGGGAGCUGGUGGAUGGGAUCUUGGCCCUGGGACUUGGGGUCCAUUCCCGGAGCCAAGUUGUGGGAAUCUGCCAGGUGCUGCUGGAUGAAGGUGCCCUCUGCCAUGUGAAACACGACUGGGCCUUCCAGGACCGAGAUGCCCAAUUCUACCGGUUUCCCGGGCCCGAGCCCGAGCCCGUGGGAACUCAUGAGAUGGAGGAGGAGUUGGCCGAAGCUGUGGCCCUGCUCUCCCAGCGGGGACCUGACGCCCUGCUCACUGUGGCACUUCGAAAGCCCCCAGGUCAGCGCACGGAUGAAGAGCUGGACCUCAUCUUUGAGGAGCUGCUGCACAUCAAGGCUGUGGCCCACCUCUCCAACUCAGUGAAGCGAGAAUUAGCGGCUGUUCUGCUCUUUGAACCACACAGCAAGGCAGGGACCGUGUUGUUCAGCCAGGGGGACAAGGGCACUUCGUGGUACAUUAUCUGGAAGGGAUCUGUCAACGUGGUGACCCAUGGCAAGGGGCUGGUGACCACCCUGCAUGAGGGAGAUGACUUUGGACAGCUGGCUCUGGUGAAUGAUGCACCCCGGGCAGCCACCAUCAUCCUGCGAGAAGACAACUGUCAUUUCCUGCGUGUGGACAAGCAGGACUUCAACCGUAUCAUCAAGGAUGUGGAGGCAAAGACCAUGCGGCUGGAAGAACAUGGCAAAGUGGUGCUGGUGCUGGAGAGAGCCUCUCAGGGCGCCGGCCCUUCCCGACCCCCAACCCCAGGCAGGAACCGGUAUACAGUGAUGUCUGGCACCCCAGAGAAGAUCCUAGAGCUUCUGUUGGAGGCCAUGGGACCAGAUUCCAGUGCUCAUGACCCAACAGAGACAUUCCUCAGCGACUUCCUCCUGACCCACAGGGUCUUCAUGCCCAGCGCCCAACUCUGCGCUGCCCUUCUGCACCACUUCCAUGUGGAGCCUGCGGGUGGCAGCGAGCAGGAGCGCAGCACCUACGUCUGCAACAAGAGGCAGCAGAUCUUGCGGCUGGUCAGCCAGUGGGUGGCUCUGUAUGGCUCCAUGCUCCACACUGACCCUGUGGCCACCAGCUUCCUCCAGAAACUCUCAGACCUGGUGGGCAGGGACACCCGACUCAGCAACCUGCUGAGGGAGCAGUGGCCAGAGAGGCGGCGAUGCCACAGGUUGGAGAAUGGCUGUGGGAAUGCAUCUCCUCAGAUGAAGGUGUCUGCCUGGCCCCAGUUUCUUUCCUCUGCUCCUCCUGGACUGCAGGCCCCUCCUUCGCCCCCUGACCCUGAGGGGCUCUGUGCCCGGAACUUGCCUGUUUGGCUCCCCAACCAGGACGAGCCCCUUCCUGGCAGCAGCUGUGCCAUCCGAGUUGGGGAUAAAGUCCCCUAUGACAUCUGCCGGCCAGACCACUCAGUGUUGACCCUGCAGCUGCCUGUGACAGCCUCCGUGAGAGAGGUGAUGGCAGCGUUGGCCCAGGAGGAUGGCUGGACCAAGGGGCAGGUGCUGGUGAAGGUCAAUUCUGCAGGUGAUGCCAUUGGCCUGCAGCCAGAUGCCCGUGGUGUGGCCACAUCCCUGGGGCUCAAUGAGCGUCUCUUUGUUGUCAACCCACAGGAAGUGCAUGAGCUGAUCCCACACCCUGACCAGCUGGGGCCCACUGUGGGCUCUGCUGAGGGGCUGGACCUGGUGAGUGCCAAGGACCUGGCAGGCCAGCUGACGGACCAUGACUGGAGCCUCUUCAACAGUAUCCACCAGGUGGAGCUGAUCCACUAUGUGCUGGGCCCCCAGCAUCUGCGGGAUGUCACCACCGCCAACCUGGAGCGCUUCAUGCGCCGCUUCAAUGAGCUGCAGUACUGGGUGGCCACCGAGCUGUGUCUCUGCCCCGUGCCCGGCUCCCGGGCCCAGCUGCUCAGGAAGUUCAUUAAGCUGGCGGCCCACCUCAAGGAGCAGAAGAAUCUCAAUUCCUUCUUUGCCGUCAUGUUUGGCCUCAGCAACUCGGCCAUCAGUCGCCUAGCCCACACCUGGGAGCGGCUGCCUCACAAAGUCCGGAAGCUGUACUCCGCCCUCGAGAGGCUGCUGGAUCCCUCAUGGAACCACCGGGUGUACCGACUGGCCCUCGCCAAGCUCUCCCCUCCUGUCAUCCCCUUCAUGCCCCUUCUUCUCAAAGACAUGACCUUCAUUCAUGAGGGAAAUCACACACUAGUGGAGAAUCUCAUCAACUUUGAGAAGAUGAGAAUGAUGGCCAGAGCCGCACGGAUGCUGCACCACUGCCGAAGCCACAACCCUGUGCCUCUCUCACCACUCAGAAGCCGAGUUUCCCACCUCCACGAGGACAGCCAGGUGGCGAGGAUUUCCACAUGCUCGGAGCAGUCCCUGAGCACCCGGAGUCCAGCCAGCACCUGGGCUUAUGUCCAGCAGCUGAAGGUCAUUGACAACCAGCGGGAACUCUCCCGCCUCUCCCGAGAGCUGGAGCCAUGAGGAGGGGCUGGGACUGGAGCUGGAGCAGGCACUUGCAGCCGGGAAAGCCAGGGUGUGCCGGGCCAAGAUACUCACAGGCUGGCCACAGCUGGGCAAGGCUCUCCGUGGAGUGGACUCGAGUCCCUGGAGCAGGCAGUGUGGAGGCAGCCGUCCCCUGUGAUGACUGGCAGCUAAGGAGGACCUCGGAGUGGACCCGAGCCAGGAAUAACGAAUGACCCAAGGCCAAGGAAGGGAGGACAGAGAGGCCCCAGGAGUGGGUGGAGAGUGGAGUGCGCUGGGACGUUGUGUGCAAUAGAGAGCUCUCCACACCAGGUGUUUUCCAGAUUCUGUGCCUCUGGCUUUGUUGUCCAGCCAGGCCUGCAGUUUAUUUUCAAGCGGACAGAGAGAGAGAGGCUGCAUGUGUGUACCGUGUGUGGCAAGGGCAGGGCCUUGGCCUGGGGCAGGGGCCCCCUGCUUUCUUUCCACAGCUUUCUUCCAACAGCAGGCAGUGGGGCUGCGGGCCUGUGCGGUGGUCCCUGAGGAGCUUUACUGUUACUGUCAACAUAGCAGUAUGUUCCAGGCCAGCCAGAGGGGGCGUGGCAGGGAGGCUGAGGCCCCGCCCUCCGGGAAGGAGCUGUGGAGGAGAAGCAGCCCCAUGCUGGGCACGGGCCAGGCUGGGUCCAAGAUCCUGAUGCCACCCAGAUGUGCCUCCAGGGCUCUGGCCAAAGGGCGGGCUGGAGCCUGGAGCCCCUGUCAGCAGCCAGCCAGGGUGACCAUCAGCUCCCCAUGGUGGUCCAAUAGGACUUUACAGUCCAGAUGCAACUGACAGCUUCUUCCCAACUGCAAUCCCCGCUUUUCCACACUUGAGCUCGUCCUGGCCUGUUGGGCCAGGCUUCUGGGGUCUUCUGGGGGUGGCUUGUGAUAGAAACAAUGCUGAAGCUUCCGCGGAGAGCCUGUCGCUUGUUGAGGCCCAACAGACUUCCAGGAAAUCAGGGUUUAUCAUCAGUGUUGAGAAUGGUCCCAGCAAGCUCUGGUCAUACGAAGUCCUCUCUUCCCUGCCCCUUCAGCACUUCCCCUAGGAACCAGCUACUGCCAGGACCCCUCUUGUGAGGCAGAGCUCACCCAGGAAGCUCCAGGGACUCCACCCUCUUGCCUUGCUAUUGCCUUGAGUCCUGGCAGCAGGAGGCACUUGUCUGGCCAGAGAGAGACCUCAUGGCCCCUGGCAUGACCCCUGAGUAGGUAUUGAGGCUGCAGGGCCUUGGGCGUCCGGAGACAGCUGGUAUGGCCCCUCUGCACUUCAGCCCCAUGGAUGUGGAUAUACAGGCCUGCUGCUUCCAGAAAGGGUCAGAGCCUUUAGCAGGGAGGCAGCACAGCUGGGCUUAGACCUCAGGUCACUAAGUGAAUCUGAGCAAGUCAGUGAACAGUUCUCUUCCUUCAUUUCUCCACCUGUAAGCCAGGUAUGAUAAACGCCAUACAGCGCUUAGUGACAAACACAUAAAACUGUAGCUCCUGCCUCUGUAGCAGAGGUGACAGCCAAGGGCAGUCCUGUGCUAUCCAGGCCUGGUAGGGGGGCAGCCUCGCCUCAGGUGAGGGCUGAGGGAGAGACUGAGGUGCAGCAGAUGGCAGUGGUAACCAAACCAGUUCCCUUGCCGUGGGUGGGGACACAGGAGAAGCACGGAAGCAUCCGGAACUGAGCAAUCAGGACAGGAGGCUCAAGCCUGGGUGAGUCAGGAGUCCGGGGGCUUUCUUUUCAUCCAACCCAUUGUCUGCUGGUGUCUCGGCAAAAGCCAGCCAGCCAGCCGCGGCCCUUCACCGUCCUUCAGACUCUAGGGUGAGCCCAGCCCAGCGACACAACAGAAACCAAGUGCCACGGGGGCCGGUGUCCUCCACCAGCAUUUCUCCUCCGGUCACAUCUACGUCCUGAUGGGACUUCUCCCUCCUCCUUGGACCAUCAGCUUUACGGUCCAGACCACCCUGCAGCCACCCUGUGGCCUCCCAGCUGCCCCAGUCUCGGGCAGGACGGCUUUUGAGCCUGUUGGGAGAGACCUUGCCAGGAGAAUGGUGCCCAGGGCAGGCAAGAGGACACAGACUCUGGGAGCUAGAAGAGUUGCGGCCCAGGGGGCCAGGCCACUCCCAGAGGACAGGAGGCCCAAAAGUGGGGAAAGGCUCCAUGUUACGGUGGCCCCAUGCUGGGAGUUUGUGCUGCCUUCUGUCUCCCUGACUGCCCAAGCGUGGGGUGGUGUGGGGCAGGAGGCAUCCUCUGGUGUUCCCUAGCAGCCCAGGCUGUGUGCAGGGGCUCCCAUUUUCUGUCUCAGCUGCAAGAAGGCCACAAAGGGAGGAGGGGCUCAUGGGACUGCUGAGAAGAAGGUGUGCGGAAAGGGAGUGUGGCCCUAGAUCAGUCCUUUAAAAAGCCUCUGUUACCUGAAAGGAGGUCAAGCAGAGAGGAAUGGCUGCGUGUGUGUCCUACCGGGCAGGACAGGACAGAGGGAGGUCAUUGUUACACACACAUCUCCCCUCCUUUCCUCCUUCCCCUCCACUUCCCUGUGAAGGCCUGAGGCAGGCUGUGGCCAGGCUCAGGCCCUGACUGUGGGGUACACACCAGGGAGGGGCACGCCUCCCCACAGAAGGGGUGGAGUGGUCAGUGGAGCCAGCACCCUCUGCUGCUUCAGCAUCUCUGCCUGGAGCCAGCUGUCCCCUCUCUCUCAGGCUCCAUCCGAACAAAAGGAAGGCAGAGCCUGAGAUCCGGCACCCCAUCCCCCUCCACUCAGCACUGAGUUAGAGCUGGGUGGGGGCAUGUCUGCCUUCACACGCUGCCUUAUGGCUUUUGUGUCUCCAACAGCCCUCAGCCUCUGGCUGCUCUCCUUCCCAAUAGUCACAAGAUUUACCAUGAUAAUAAUAGGUUAAGACUUGAA